CGUCUCUCUCUCUCUCUCUCCUCUCUGUCUCUCCGAUCCGCCAUAGUUCUUCUCACCGCAGAUUCAGAAUCUCUCUCUCUCUCUCUCUCUCUCUCUCUCUCUGUGAACUGCGAUGGCGGAGACCUCGGCGGCGUUGUGCUUCACGACUUUCUCUCCGUUCCCCUCCAUCUCCCGCGCCGCCGACGAUGUCCCUCCUUCCGUCCGGAAGCUCCCGUUCCUCCGCCGCAACCCGCUCCCGCCCUCCCGCGUCCUCCGCUUGCCGGCGAGGGCUUCUCCGUCUCCUUCCGAUCCCGGGAACUUCCUCGGCGACGACUCCUUCGGUUACUUCCCCUGGGCCGACGGCGGCGAUGCCGAUAUCCAAUGGGUUCCUGAGGAGAGAGUUACAUUGUUCACUUCUGAUGGACUCAUUCAGAUUGGAGGUUCAAUGGUUCCUCGACGUGUUAAUUCUGAUAAGAGGCAAGGGAGAUCAAACACUUCUCAGAGAUUCCAACGCUUUCAAGAAUGUGAUUACAUGAAUCCAGAGCAAGGCCUGUGUCUGGGUGCUUUAUUUGAUAUUGCGGCUACCAAUGGUCUUGAUAUGGGCAGAAGGCUUUGCAUCUUGGGGUUCUGUCGUUCCAUUGAAAUGUUAAGUGAUGUUGUUGAAGAUGCUGUUCUUGAACAUGGUGGAGAGGUUGUCGCGGCAGAGAAGGCAAUCAAAGGAGGUUUGCAUGAGAAAUUGAAGAUGACAGUCGCAGUCCCGUUGCUUUGGGGAGUUCCUCCUGCUUCUGAAAGGCUUCACCUUGCAGUUCGGAGCGGUGGAGGGAUCGUCGAGAAGGUCUAUUGGCAGUGGGAUUUCUGUUAAACGAUAAGGGAAGUCCCCCCACAGUGGUUUAACCCAAUUUGUGCAAUUGUACAUAACCGUGUUGCAUAUCUGUGUACAAAAUUCAAUUCUCAGUCACAUUACAUCACUUUCUCAUACAAGGAAAUGAACUUUCUGAUUGCUCCA